AGCCAAUCAGCGGCUGUCAGAGACACAUGAACGGUGAUAAUAUCCACGGAACCAGCAGCAGAGCAGGCUGCAGGAACAAAGAAAAGCCGUCCGGUGGAGGUUAAAAACGGCCUUUCACUUCGCCAACACUGUCCGUGUUCAUAUCCACUUUGUAGGAGCAGCGUUUAGCUUUACUUUAAACACUUUAAACUAACUGUUAACUGUCGUAGAGUCCGACGGUUGGUUUUUGCUGAGGAAACUUGGCGUCGGGAGCGGUUUGUUUUGUCGACACCUUUCUUGGAUACGCUUGUUUGUAACUGGUAUUUUACGGAAUAACCAGACCUUGAUCGUGUGACCUGUGCCCUGUUGACUCGGCAGAUAUGCUCUUUUCUCAGCACGCCUGCACUCGGAUGGAUUAAGAGGAGUGUGGUUCCACCUGGCUGAAGACAGCGUGUGUCCCACCUUUCCACCCAGGAACCCCUGUGUUGUCAUUGCGCCCAUGAGGUAACGUCAGGACCUACCGCCCCCUCAUUACCACCCUUGGUCUGUCCAUUUCCCUCCCCUCUGUCCCUUUUUCCCUUGGACCCACCCAGCCAUGGGCCAGAAGAUCUCUGGCAGCAUCAAGUCAGUGGAUGUACGCGGGGAGCCCUCAUAUCGGCCAGUACGCCGCGAGCUGCGGGGCCCAGAUUUCUGUCGGCCCCCCAGGCUGGACUUACUGCUGGACAUGCCUGCGGCGAGCCCCGAGACACAGCUUCGCCACGCCUGGAACCCUGAUGACCGCUCGCUCAAUGUCUUCGUCAAGGAGGACGACAAGCUGACGUUUCACCGCCAUCCAGUAGCACAGAGCACAGACUGUAUCCGUGGCAAGGUGGGCUACACCAGAGGCCUCCACGUGUGGAGGAUUCACUGGCCCGCCAGACAGAGAGGCACCCACGCCGUCGUGGGCGUGGCCACCGCUGAAGCAUCUUUACACUCCGUGGGAUACACGGCCCUGGCAGGCUCGGACUCUGAGUCCUGGGGCUGGGACCUGGGUCGCAACAGACUCUACCAUGACGGAAAGAACCGGCCCGCUUCUACAUCGGCACCCACGUAUCCCUGUUUCCUGGAGCCAGACGAAUCGUUUGUGCUUCCUGACUCUCUGACAGUAAUACUAGACAUGGACGAAGGAACUCUGAGCUUCAUGGUAGACGGACAGUAUCUAGGAGUAGCUUUUAGAGGGCUGAAAGGCAAGAGACUGUAUCCCAUCGUCAGCGCUGUGUGGGGGCACUGUGAGGUAUCGAUUCGCUACGUCAACGGACUAGAUCCGGAGCCCCUCCCCCUCAUGGACCUGUGCAGACGGGUAGCUCGACUGGCUCUGGGCAGAGAGCGCAUCCAUCACAUCGACACACUCCCACUGCCGCAGACGCUCAAGAACUACCUCCAGUACCAGUGACCAAACACAUGCACAUGCACACACACACACACACACACACACACACACACACACACACACACAGAUGGGAAUAAACUGAGGCUCAUUUCUUGUUAUGAUUACCGGCCUUCAAACUGAACCUAAUCAUAACCAUCAGACAUCUGCUGAGGAUGCGGGCGAUGACAUUGACUACGAACAGGUGGUGAAGACGGCGCUGCGAGGGGUUUUGUUUACAACAGUUGGGGGUUUUCCAUUUUGAAUGUUUUUAUCUUUUUCUUUUUUUUUUUGCUGUUUUUUCUCCUGGACGGACGACUUGGAGGAGCUGAUGAAUGAAAUGAAGGGAGUGAGAAAUUAAAUUGCGAUCCUGCUAAUCACAUGUAUCGAGUUUGUACGGCCUUAAACGCUGUGGUUGUGGGUGAGAGUUUACCCCCGACAUCUUUUCUGCACAGACUCUGCGGAAGCCUCCUCGGAAACAUGUUGGUAUUUAUAUUUAUAUUCCCAACAACACAGCAGGCUCUGUGGAGACACAACAAUCCCCCCAAGCCACAGGAGAGAGUGAGCAAGCAUGAGAGAGAGGGAGAAAGUCCACACACAGAUCUAUUUUUGUUUGUGUGCAGCAGCACACAUGGAUUUCAUACAGUAUAAACUGUGUGUGUGUGUGUGUGUGUGUGUGUGUGUGUGUGUGUGUGUGUGUGUCUGUGUGUGUGUGUGUGUGUGUCUGUGUGUGUGUGUGUGUCAUGAGUGUACAGAAACAAAGCUUUAACUGUCUGUAGUAAGAACACAACUCACUGACAAGCAGGCAGUUACCACCUACAGGCUAAAAAAACAACUCCAGUCUGGUUUGAACAUUGUGAAUCCCCCUCCUCUCUCAUGCCAGCUCCUCUCUUUCUCUCUUUCUGUGUCUCUUCAUCACUCGCUCCAGUUUGAUUUAAGCCUCCACCAUGUUUGGUGAACUCAAAGGACCGCGGGCGCUGUUUGGCUCCUGUAACGCUGAUAGAGAUUGAUCUGAAGGUUGAAGCUGUGUGUUUGACUGCUAAUGUGCCUGCUCCGAGACAGAUACACGCACGCAAAAAAAAGCACAUGGCAACACUUCUGUCAUAUCUGAACAGAAGACCCCCCCUCCCUGUUUUAAAUGCUGCUUUUCCGUCUCUUUCUUCCACCGUCUUACCCUCAUGUGGGUUUUUAUGCCUGAUUUACGUUUGGUCUUAAAAUGAGAUUUCUUUUUUCUUUUUUUUUUAAUGUUUUUUUUUUCUCCAUUCCAUGGAUUAUGAGAUUUGUCUGCGGGACAGGUUGUCUCGCAGGUAUAGGUAGAAAAAUGUGCUGCCAUGAGAAUCUUUUAAAUGUGAAUAAGAAUAAACUCAGCUAAACUCA